AUGCUUGCGUGUGAGACCAAGCACUGUAAGGAAGAUGGUACACUUCAGGAGGUGGAGCUGUUCUCUGCCUCCAUCUCUGUGUUUGGGGAGAACUUCGCCAACACGCUCAGCGGCGGAGCAAGGCCCCACACCUCUGACAGCCACAGGAGCUCAUCAGGCAGGGAGGCCGUGAACCUAGGGAGCUCUCCCGGCAGGUUCGUCACCAAGGCAACUGUCAAGGCUGUCCGGGAGGUCAUCGACACCAGCUCGCUAAAAUCUGCGAAAUCGCAGAAAUCCAGUAAACGUGCUGAGAGGGAGGCAGAAGGGGAGGAUACGUACCGUUUCCUUGGCAACAGCGAUGACGAUGACGUGAGCGACCUUGGCAAGGACAAAGACCCUGACUAUCGACCUUCAGGAGUGCGCAGAACUGUCGCAGUUUACGAAACCGAUGAUGAUGAUGAUGAUGAUGAUGUUGUUAUUGAGGAGGCUGGAGGGGAGGAGAACCACUCGUACCCUCUAAAGAAAAGGGUCAGGAGGGCAAAGGUCGUGGAGCAGGAGGAACCAGAGAAAGCAGAGGAUGAUGGGAUGGAGAAGGAAGCUGUGGGGUCAGGGGUCAGGACGAGGCGGGGGCGGCCUCGGAAGCUGAAGAUCAGGUUACCGGAGGGGGUGGGGGUGAAGCGGAAACGGGGGCGGCCGCGGAAGGAGAAACCCGCAAAGUCCUAA